GAGGUGACAAUCAGGGCGGGCCUAGGCGGCUGCGCUCCUAAGCUUUAGGCUGCCGCGGUCAGGUUACGCUGUCGCCGUUGCAGCCGCUGCCUGGGUCCCUUCAGCCCAUUGCGUCUGCGAGAGGGCACCUCCCGGUCUCCGGGCACAGAAACCAUGUACGGAUUUGUGAAUCACGCCCUGGAGCUGCUGGUAAUCCGCAAUUACGGCCCCGAGGUGUGGGAAGACAUCAAAAAAGAGGCACAGUUAGAUGAAGAAGGGCAGUUUCUUGUCAGAAUAAUAUAUGAUGAUUCCAAAACUUAUGAUUUGGUUGCUGCUGCAAGCAAAGUUCUCAAUCUCAAUGCUGGAGAAAUCCUCCAAAUGUUUGGGAAGAUGUUUUUUGUCUUUUGUCAAGAAUCUGGAUAUGAUACCAUCUUGCGCGUCCUGGGAUCUAAUGUCAGAGAAUUUCUGCAGAACCUUGAUGCUCUGCACGACCAUCUUGCUACUAUCUACCCGGGUAUGCGUGCACCUUCCUUUAGGUGCACGGAUGCAGAAAAGGGCAAAGGACUCAUUCUGCACUACUAUUCAGAGAGAGAAGGACUUCAGGAUAUUGUCAUUGGAAUCAUUAAAACUGUAGCUCAACAAAUCCAUGGCACUGAAAUAGACAUGAAGGUUAUUCAACAAAGAAAUGAAGAAUGUGAUCAUACUCAAUUUUUAAUUGAAGAAAAGGAGUCAAAAGAAGAGGAUUUUUAUGAAGAUCUGGACAGAUUUGAAGAAAAUGGUACCCAGGAGUCACGCAUCAGCCCAUAUACCUUCUGCAAAGCUUUUCCUUUUCACAUAAUAUUUAACCGGGAUCUUGUGGUCACCCAGUGUGGCAAUGCCAUCUACAGAGUGCUCCCUCAGCUUCAGCCUGGAAAUUGCAGCCUUUUGUCUGUCUUCUCUCUGGUUCGUCCUCAUAUUGACAUUAGUUUCCAUGGGAUCCUCUCACACAUUAAUACGGUUUUUGUAUUGAGAAGCAAGGAAGGACUGUUGGAUGUAGAGAAAUUAGAAUGUGAAGAUGAACUGACUGGGACUGAGAUCAGCUGCCUACGUCUCAAGGGUCAAAUGAUCUACUUACCAGAGGCAGAUAGCAUACUUUUUCUGUGCUCACCAAGUGUGAUGAAUCUGGAUGAUUUAACAAGGAGAGGACUGUAUUUGAGUGACAUUCCUCUGCAUGAUGCUACUCGUGACCUUGUCCUUUUGGGAGAGCAAUUCAGAGAGGAAUACAAACUGACCCAGGAACUGGAAAUCCUCACAGACAGGCUGCAGCUUACAUUAAGAGCCCUGGAAGAUGAAAAAAAGAAGACAGACACAUUGCUGUAUUCAGUUCUUCCGCCAUCUGUUGCCAAUGAGCUGAGACAUAAGCGCCCAGUGCCUGCCAAAAGAUAUGACAAUGUGACCAUCCUCUUCAGUGGCAUUGUGGGAUUCAACACAUUCUGUAGCAAGCAUGCAUCUGGAGAAGGGGCCAUGAAGAUUGUCAACCUUCUCAAUGACCUCUAUACCAGAUUUGACACACUGACUGAUUCGCGGAAAAAUCCAUAUGUUUAUAAGGUGGAGACUGUUGGUGAUAAGUACAUGACUGUGAGUGGUUUACCAGAACCUUGCAUCCACCAUGCACGAUCUAUUUGUCACCUGGCUUUGGACAUGAUGGAAAUUGCUGGCCAAGUUCAAGUAGAUGGUGAACCUGUUCAGAUAACAAUAGGAAUACAUACUGGAGAAGUAGUUACAGGUGUCAUAGGACAGAGGAUGCCUCGGUACUGUCUUUUUGGGAAUACUGUUAACCUAACAAGCAGAACAGAGACCACUGGAGAAAAAGGGAAAAUAAAUGUGUCUGAAUAUACAUACAGAUGUCUUAUGACACCAGAAAAUUCAGAUCCACAAUUCCAUUUGGAGCACAGAGGGCCAGUGUCCAUGAAGGGCAAAAAAGAACCAAUGCAAGUUUGGUUUCUAUCCAGAAAAAAUACAGGAACAGAGGAAACAAAGCAGGACGACUUCUGAAUCUUGGAUUAUGGGAUGAAGAAGGACUGCAGAUUAGGUUCCAGUUGUCCCGAACACGUGCCAAGCCUAGUAGCAAUUAUUCCAUCCAUAUGGAUACAUAUUUUGCACAAUCAUUUUUAAUUAUCCUGAGCCUUUCUCAUAGGUAUAACUCUCACUAUUCAUUAUUCAACUUGAGCUGAGCUUUUGAUUAUGUUAUUUAAGGUUAUAGCAUAUUUUCUAAGUAUCUCUAAAGUUUGGCUUUAUAUGUAGAUGAUGUAAACUUAAUGUGUCUGAAAAUCUACUACAAGCAUGACCCAGCAUGGUGACUUGCAAGUAGUAGACACCCAAUCAAUAUUUGUUUAACUUAAUUAAAUGAAACUGAACAGUUUUUGGCCAUGUGUUUGCAUAGCAUGGUUUGUCAAUCUGUUUAGUGCUCUUUAGAUAUGUAUGUAUAUAUCUACCUAUCUAUCUAUAUAUAUAUUUUAAUGACUGUAGCAUAUAACAAAGUUUAUAUAAUGUUGGUGUAUAUCAUUAGGAAUAUCAUUUUCUAAAGCAGU